AAACAGUUGUGGUCCUUCAAAAGAAGAGGGUGAAUGUUCUCUGGCUUUAGUUGCAAACUUUCUCUACUGUGAAAAUACGCAGCAUCCCUCUACUCACCACUGGUGAGGCCACACCUGGAGUACUGUGUCCAGUUCUGUGCUCCACAGUACAAGAGAGACUUGAACAUACUGGAAAGAGUCCAGCAAAGGUCCACUAAGAUGAUUAAGGGACCAGAGCAUCUCUCCAUUCAGGAAAGGCUGAGGAAGCUGUGACUGUUAGCCUGGAGAAAAUAAGGCUUGGGGAGAUUAUAUCAAUGUAUAAAAAUACUUUAAGGAAGGUUGUAAAGAAGAUGGAGCCAGGCUCUUUUCAGUGGUGCCCUGUGAUAGGACAAGAGGAGAGGAAAACAAACUGAAUCAUAGGAGGUUUCCUCUGAACAUCGGGAAACACUUUUUUUUUUUAGUGUGAGGAUGACCAAGCACUUGCACAUGUUGCCCAGAGAAGUUGUGGAACCUCCAUCCUUGGAGAUACUCAAAAAGCCAUCUGGACAUUGUCCUGGGCCACUGCCUUUAGGUGGCCCUGCUUGAGCAGGGGGGGAUUGAACAAAAUGACUUACAGAGAUCCCUUCCCAUCUCAGUGGUUCUGUGCAGUUUAAAGAGCUGUCCUGGAAUAAUGUUCACAAAAAUGUCCAUAUGCUGAUUCCUACUCCGGAUAAAGAUGAUGAUCCAGUUGGUGUUGAUUACUCUCACUUUAUACAUCUAAGUGUUGUUCCAACUAGAGCUUCACCUUUACCAGUUCUAGGCUGGGCUAACAGAGAGGAUGUAUGGAAAAAUCUGAUAAACAAAGAAGAGACAUAUGUGAGGGAUAAGCUUUAUAUGCAAAGGCACCCUCUCCUGCAACCUAAAAUGAGAACGAUUCUUCUAGACUGGCUAAUGGAGGUUUGUGAAGUCUACAAGCUUCAUAGAGAAACUUUUUAUUUAGCACAAGAUUUCUUUGAUCGGUUUAUGGCAACACAACAGAAUGUUGUAAAAACACUAUUGCAGCUUAUUGGUAUCUCUUCUUUAUUCAUAGCAGCAAAGCUUGAGGAAAUUUAUCCACCAAAGUUGCACCAGUUUGCCUAUGUUACAGAUGGAGCUUGUACAGAAGAUGAAAUCCUCAGUAUGGAAUUGAUCAUCAUGAAGGCUCUUAACUGGAACUUAAAUCCACUGACAGUUGUAUCAUGGCUAAACAUUUACAUGCAAGUUGCAUAUUUAAAUGAGCUUUAUGAGGUAUUGCUGCCACAAUAUCCACAGCAAAUAUUUGUACAAAUAGCAGAGCUCUUGGAUCUCUGUGUGCUGGAUAUUGGCUGCUUGGAAUAUACCUAUGGAGUACUUGCAGCUUCUGCUUUGUAUCACUUCUCCUCAUCUGAGUUGAUGCAGAAAGUUUCAGGUUAUGAAUGGUGUGAGAUAGAGGAAUGUGUAAAAUGGAUGGUUCCAUUUGCAAUGGCUAUAAGGGAAGUAGGAAGCUCCAAACUCAAACACUUCAGAGGUAUAGCUCCUGAAGACUUGCACAAUAUACAGACGCACAUAAACAGCUUGGAUUUGCUGGACAAAGCUCAAGCAAAACAAGCCAUAUUGGCUGAGCAAAAUAGGACUUCACCUUUCCCCACUGGUGUCCUUACACCACCACAAAGUAGUAAGAAACAGUCUUCUGGACUGAAGCCAAUAUGACUUUAGAAACUGUUGACAGACAAUUUUGCCGAAGUGCCUGUUCUGCUGGUUCUAACUCCUGCUCCAUUACAGAAAUGCUGCCAGUGAACUUCAUAAGCUUUUAUGGAAUCUGUAAAGGAAACCUUACUUUUUUUUGUGACAGAAGAACUUUUCUAUUUGAAAUAUUUUUAUUGAAUGUUAAAAUAUUUUAAAGAAAUGGAUCAAGUACACCAGCCACUUAAAAGAACACUGAAGAGUGCUCCAAAUGCUGCUAUGGAGGGUGAUGCUUGAUGUGACCAACUGUUCAGAAAAAGGGCUUGAAGUUUAGAUUAGUUACUGUGCCUGUUUGUCCUCUGGAUAAUCUGUAGUCAUACUGUCCCCUGUUGACAAAUGGGCAAAAUGUGCUGUGGAAGACAACGUUUCAAAGCCUCUUUUUCAAAUGGUUGGCUUACAACGUGAUGCCUUUUUAAGAACCCUUUAUUGUAAAUGCUGCUAUGUCUCUGUGUAUCCAUUUUUAAUAAAAAUGCUGUCUAAGACA